AGUUAUUAACAUUUCACUACCUCUCUCUCUCACUCUCUCGAGAGGGUACAGUGGUUUUGACAAUAAGCAAAAAUGGGGAAGUUUGCUCUAGCUACCACCUUCCUCCUCCUCCUCAACUUGGGUACCUUACUCACUUCUCUCGCUAACAACUACUGUCCACCACCGGAAUAUCCUCCCAAACUUCCCCCCAAACACCCCCCAAAGGUAAAGCCACCAUUCCAUCCUAAACCCCCAAAACACCCUCCACACCCGCCAUAUACCCCAAAACCACCAGUUGUGCACCCUCCCAAGCCUCCCCACGUCAACCCACCGUACAAACCACCCCAUGUUAAGCCACCAUACAAACCACCCCAUGUCAAACCACCACCCUACGUCCCAAAACCACCGAUCGUUAAGCCUCCACCGUACACCCCCAAGCCGCCUGUAGUGAAACCCCCACCGUACACCCCCAAGCCGCCGGUAGUGAAACCACCACCGUACAUCCCAAAGCCUCCAGUAGUGAAACCUCCACCGUACACCCCCAAGCCCCCGGUAGUGAAACCUCCACCAUACACCCCCAAGCCACCCGUCGUACAACCACCUCCGUAUGUCCCGAAGCCACCCGUCGUACAACCACCUCCGUACGUACCAAAACCUCCGGUGGUGCUACCUCCGCCUUAUGUGCCCAAACCACCUGUUGUACAACCACCUCCUUACGAACCAAAGCCUCCGGUUGUGCAACCCCCUCCGUACGUGCCAACUCCACCAAUUGUAAAGCCUCCUCCUUCAACACCUUCUCCGGUUGUGCCUAAGCCUCCACCUUCAACGCCAUCGCCGGCGGUACCUAAGCCUAGUCCUCCGGUAGAAAAGCCGUGCCCUCCGCCGCCGCCGGCACAGGAGACGUGUUCCAUCGACACUCUAAAGCUCGGGGCGUGCGUGGACGUGUUGGGUGGGUUGAUUCAUGUAGGUAUCGGCGGAAGCGCCAAAGACAAGUGUUGUCCUGUGCUGCAGGGUUUGGUGGACCUGGAUGCGGCGAUCUGCCUCUGCACCACUAUUAAGGCUAAGCUCCUUAAUAUCAACAUUAUCAUCCCCAUUGCUCUUCAGGUCCUCAUUGACUGUGGCAAGACUCCUCCACCUGGGUUCCAAUGUCCCGCUUAGAUUCAUCACCAUCAUCAUAUGCCAUUGUUGAUUAAUCGACUUGAGAGAGAAAAUUGGUUUGGUUAAUUACUUUCCAGGUUUUGAACUUACAGUCAAGGAAAAAGUUAAUCAAGUGAAAUAAAAUAAAUGUAUAAAUAAUGUUGAAGUUUUAUAACUUUUAGAUGUUUGUUUUGUAUCUUGGAGAUGGUGUGUACCUACCAAAGAAGUAAAGAAAUCAAGAUAUUACUUCUUACUGGGGAGAUUUUCUAUCGUUUGUUUGUUUAUGCUUUACUUUGUGACAAUCUAAUUAAUCGUGCGUGUUCAAUGGAAAUUUUAUGUACGUGGGUGAAAUAUAUAUAUAUUUUCUUUGAUUGUA